AUGUCCACCGAGAAGGUUCACGACACGGAGAAAGGUUCCGUCGAGGAGCUCCGUGAGGAGCACCAUGUCGAUCUUUCUAACAAUGUUAACGCAAGGAUCCAGAACCCUCUGCAUGGUAUCCCAAAGGCCAAGCUAAUGGCUCAAGUCGAGCAGUUUGCCCGCGAGAAGGGUAUGGAAGAGCAACUUCCGUUCUUGAAGAAGGGUGCCCUACUUGCUCAGAAUCCGAAGGAUUUUGAGAACAUCCCCGAGCUCGAUGAGGAGGAUCGCGCGAUUAUUCGCCGUGAAGUUACCCAUCGAUGGUCCCAGCCAAAAGACAUGUACAAAACGGUCAUCAUAUGUUCUAUUGCCGCUGCCGUCCAGGGUUGGGAUCAAGAAGGUUCAAAUGGUGCCAAUUUGUCUUUCCCCCAGGUAUUCAACAUCACCGACGAUGCCAGCAAUCCUGAUGCCGCAAGGAAUCAAUGGAUUAUCGGUCUCAUCAACUCUGGACCCUACAUCGGCGCUGCACUGAUUGGAUGCUGGCUGACGGACCCCUUGAACACUCUUCUUGGCCGUCGUGGAACUAUAUUUGUGUGUGGUAUAUUCUGUACUCUCACCGUCAUUGGAUCUGCUUGCGCUCAAACAUGGCCUCAACUCCUUACCACCCGGCUGCUACUCGGUAUCGGUAUGGGAGCUAAAGCAAGUACUGUUCCUAUAUUCGCUGCCGAAAAUACACCCGCGAGCAUUCGAGGAGGAUUAGUCAUGUCAUGGCAAUUAUGGACUGCGUUCGGAAUUUUCCUUGGAGUAACUGCCAACCUGAUAUUGUUCAGAGUCGGCUCCAUUGCGUGGCGUUUACAACUGGGUUCCGCCUUCCUUCCCGCUAUCCCUCUCGUAAUCUGUAUUUAUAUGUGCCCGGAAUCCCCCAGAUGGUAUAUGAAGAAGGGUCGCUACCAAGAUGCCUAUCGUUCCCUAAAACGUCUCAGAAACUCCGAACUGCAAGCUGCCAAAGAUCUUUACUAUGUACACAGACAACUUCAGGAAGAGUUUGCCAUCAUCAAGGGCUCCAACUACUUUUCACGGUUCAUUGAACUCUUCACCAUCCCUCGAGUUCGUCGUGCUACACUUGCGUCUUUUGUUGCCAUGAUCGCCCAGCAGAUGUGUGGCAUCAACAUCAUUGCCUUUUAUUCAUCCACAAUAUUCGAACAAGCUGGGUAUUCUACUGAACAGGCUUUGCUAGCGUCAUUUGGAUUCGGCUUGGUCAACUUCAUUUUCGCUUUCCCCGCCGUUUGGACUAUCGACACAUUUGGAAGACGCAACUUGCUCCUGUUCACUUUCCCGAAUAUGGCUUGGACUUUACUUGCUGCCGGAUUGUGCUUCCUCAUCCCUACUUCCAAUGCUGCUCGUGUUCCUCUUAUUGCUUUGUUCAUCUUCAUAUUUGAUGCAUUCUACUCGCCGGGAGAGGGUCCUGUACCAUUCACAUACUCUGCAGAGGUUUUCCCUCUCACCCACAGAGAAAUGGGAAUGUCAUGGGCGGUCGCAACGUGUCUGUUCUGGGCCGCCGUAUUGUCGAUGACAUUCCCCCGUAUGUUGGGAACAUUGGGACCUGAAGGAUCAUUUGGAUUAUAUGCCGGGUUCAAUGUUAUUGCAUUCUUUUUGAUCUUUUUCUUGCUACCUGAAACCAAACAACGUACUCUCGAGGAACUCGACUAUGUCUUCGCGGUCCCUACGUCCAAGCACAUUGCUUACCAGGGCAAAGUCUUCCUUCCUUAUUGGAUCAACAAGUGGGUAUUCAGGCGCAAAGAUGUGCAACUCCAACCCUUGUACAACUUCGAUGAAGUCGAAAGUAUCACUGUAUUUGAGAAAGGAGCCGGGCACUAA